AUGAAUGACCAUGAUGCUUCUAUGUGCCCCAAUGUUCCUUGUGAUGAAUGUGAUGGAUAUGAAGUUGAGCAUGUGAAUUACGUUAAUGAUCAUGAAUGUGAACCUAGAAUUGAUGUUCACAGAAAUGUUGGAAAUAGGAAUUAUCAUAAUCAUGUGAACUAUGAUAAUUAUAACCAAAGUGGAGGUUGUAGAAAUCAUGGAGUCCAAGGGAUUCAUGGUAGCUACAAUAACCAUGGUUAUAAUAAACAAAGUCAUGGCCGAGGACAUGGGGAUCAUAACCAAAGUUAUGGUAACCAUAGUCAACAAAGUGGCCAAAAUCAAGCUAGGGGUAAUUGGAAUAAUCAAAGUAGGGGAUAUUUUCAAGCAAAUUUUCAAAGAGGUUCCCCAAUUGGUUUAGUUCCAAAUACUCAAGGUUUAAGUGAUGAUUCCUAUGAUCAACCAUUUUCUUUUAGGAAUUUCUUGGAAGAAAUUAUUGAGAAACAAGCCAAGAUUCUAGAAACUUACAUGGCUUUGAAUGAUGAGAAGUUCAAUCACAUGUUGACUUAUAAUAAAGACUUGGGUGAUAAACUCUCUCAAUUGGCUAAUGUGUUUAAGGAAUUUGCGGAUUCUUCUUCUUUGACUUCACCUAUCUUAAAUUCUAAGAACCCUAUGGAUGCUAUUGUUACUAGAAGUGGUAGGGUCCUUGAGGGUGGAGUACCUAAGAAGAGUGAUGCUAGUGAGAGCACUAGCAAGAGUCCUAUUGAAAUUGAGGGAGACGAGUGUCCUUUGAGUGAGAAAGUUGAUGAGGAACAAGUGGAAAGAGUGAAAGAGAAAGAAAAAGAACUUUACAAACCCAAGCUCCCUUAUCCCCAAGGGUAUAAUAGACACAAAUUGGAUGAGCAAUUUAGGGAAUUUGUAGAGAUGCUUAAGAAACUUCAUCUAACUCUUCCUUUCACCGAUGUUGUAGAACAAAUGCCAAACUAUGCUAAGUUCCUCAAAGAGAUUUUGAGUGGAAAAAGGACAUGUGACAUGAUGGAAACAAUUAGCCUACCCGAACAUUGUAGUGCAAUAAUCAUGAAUAAGAUGCCUCCUAAGUUGAAGGAUCCCGGAAAUUUCUCAAUCCCUUGUUCCAUUAAUAAGACUCAAAUUGAUAAUGCCCUAUAUGACUUAGGAGCUAGUGUUAGUCUUAUGCCAUAUUCGGUUUAUCAAAGAUUGGGUCUAGGAGAAAUUUUACCUUCCAAGAUUACUUUGCAAUUAGCCGAUAGAUCAAUUAAGAUUCCAAAGGGGAAGGUAGAAGAUGUUCCUUUGAGGGUUGGGAAAUUUAUCAUUCCGGUUGAUUUUGUAGUGUUGGAUAUGGAUGAAGGUGCUACUACCCCUAUCAUCUUAGGUAGACCAUUUCUUGCUACAUCGGGGGCUAUGUUUGAUGUCAAAAGUGCUAAGAUAUCUCUUAAGAUUGGAGAGGAGGUAGUUGAAUUUGAUUUGAAUGAAGGCAUGAAAUAUCCCUCUUCUUCUUUUGAGAAUUUCAUAAGAAUUGAAGUUCUUGAUAAUAUUGUGCAAUCCAUGCAUGAGCACUUGCUCACAUCUAAUGAUCCUCUUGAGUGUGUUUUGUUGAACAAGGAAAAGAUAGGUAUCCCAAACAAGGAAGUGCAAUUGUAUGAGGACUUGCUUGAUAGAGUCAAUGAAGGGAGUGAUGAUCAAAUUUGUAUGGGGAUAUCAAGUCAAGAUGCUUUGCAUGUGGCCUCAACCAAAGAAGGUAAAGGUGUUCCUAUGGUAGAGCUCAAACCUCUACCAUAA